AUGCAACGGACCGAGUUGCCUUACACCGAGCGGCUAUCGUUUGUCUGGCUUGAUACUCCCGUUGAAUUGCGAAGAGACACAGUUGAUAUGCAGGUUAAACUGCGAAAUAUUCUUGAUUAUUUGCGAAUAUUCGAUCGAACCGAACCGUGUGAACAAUACGUCAGACACAUAAACACACAUAUGGAAAAACUGUUUUUCAUCAUUCAUGGCAGUCUGUGUGCGACAUUCGUGCCACAUAUACACGAUCUGCCACAGAUAAAAUAUAUUUAUAUCUACGAAAGCGACAAGAGUACACCAGGUCAGCAGUGGUUGGCUAAAUAUCCUAAGAUACGUGGUGUAUUCACAGAUUCAAAACAAUUAAUUGCGCAAAUUAUCCGAGAUAAAGCACGUGGGUAG